ACAAAGGGGAAAAACCCCAAAAAACCCCAAACAGACCAAUCUGGGUCCCACACACAAGGGGAGGCUCUGCAACAACAAGGCAAGUAUAGGUGGUUAUAGCCAUGCCGGCCAAGAAGGGGACUAUUCAUCGGAGGAGCACCAGGCUGCAAGCCCAGAGACAGGACCAAGUGAACCCCAAAAAGCCACACGGAAAAAGCCGCACAGCACCUGGAGGCAAAAAACAACCCACCGAAGUGAACCGAGUGACAAAAUUAUCGCAUGCCCCGGGGAAGGAUAGAAGGUUGGUCCUGGCAAAAGGAAGAGGCAGCCUUAAGAGGCAUCUGCCGGGGGUGAGAAACAGCGAAGGCCAGGAGGAAAAAAGAAGGAAGAGCAUUGAAUAUGGAGAAAUGAGCCAGGAGGAGGACAGCUCGAAAAUCCUGGGAGAAAUCAUGUUGGGCUUUGGCUCCGACGGCAGACCAACGUUGAGAAGAAUUGUGCCAUCUUGGAUCAAAGAACUAGCAAGAGAGAUAUCGAAUUCAGUGGCACCAGAGACUAUGCGGGUAUACAAGGAGGCCGUGGCCAGGUUCUUUUCAUUUAAGGUGGCCGUGGGAUAUAGUCCGGGCUGGCCGGCUUUGGAGGAUGAAGUGCUUCAUUACUUGGUGCACCACAAGAGGAAGGGGUUAGACCCGGACACUUUGCGCAUUCACUCGGAUGGGAUAUCCUUUUUCAAGAAAGUCGUGGGCUUGGCAGACCCUGGUGCGUCCUUCCGGGUUAAAAUGGUAUUGAAAGGCAUGAAACGGAGUACGAUGGGGCACCAUACGGGGACAAACACUAAGAGGGCGAUCACGUAUAGUCAGCUCACGGCCUUGGUCCGGCAAUUGGAAAUGAUAUGCCAUUCCAAAGCGGAAGCGUGCCUCUUCCGGGCAGCCUUCACCUUGGCCUUCUUUGGGUCGUUGAAGACAAGCCAACUGGUGGCCGACUCCAAGACGGAUGUCUCCGGGAGAGCCCUUCGGCUCAAGGACAUUUCAUUUGGGGACAAGGCUGUAACCAUCAAAACCAGGGACUGGGGAGGAAGGAGGGUCGUGGUGGAGGUAAAGGGGUUAGCACAAGGGGAGCUCUGCCCAUACCGGGUGCUUAAAGAGUUCCUAAUGAUACGAGGGAUGGUCCCAGGGACACUGUUGGUACACCAAGACGGGACACCUCUCACCCGCUACCAGUUUUGGGCAGUUUUCAGGAUGACAUUGAAACGAUUAGGGCUUCCGGCAUCUGAGUUUGGCGAACACUCCUUUAGUAUGGGAGCAGCACAGGGAGAGUUGCCCACUGGCAUCGUUGGUAGGACACAGACCACAUCUAACCAAAUGCCAAGGCAUGGGCCAACAACAUCUGACCCAUUUUGGUGGUUAUUUGGAGGAAGUAGGGCAUUAGGCAGGUAAAGUGAAAGGAGAACGUUGUCAUGGUGGACAUGGGCAACUGUGAGUCCACGGAAGACGACAAGGACUUGGGUGAGUGCUUGGGUUCAGUAGCAUUGGGUGGACACCUUGGCCAUUGGGACCAACCAAGAAUUAUGGCCAUUUUUCCCCACAACCUGUAAUUCCCAAUUCUAUAAUUCUUCUGUUUCUGGUCAUAUGUUAUCUUCUGUUCCCCGUAGGGACUUGGGUGAGUGCUUGGCUUCAGUAGCUUUGGGUUGGCAGAAGGUGGACAUCUUGGCCGUCGGAACCAACCAAGAAUUGUGGUAAUUUUUUCCCACAACCUGUAAUUCCCAAUUCUAUAAUUCUUCUGUUUCUUGUCAUAUGUUAUCUUGUUACCAGAAGGAACUUGGGUCAGUGCUUGGCUUCAGCAGCAUUGGGUUGGUGGAAGGUGGACAUCUUGGCCAUUGGAACCAACCAAGAAUUAUGGUAAUUUUUUCCCACAACCUGUAAUUCCCAAUUCUAUAAUUCUUCUGUUUCUUGUCAUAUGUUAUCUUCUGUUACCAGAAGGAACUUGGGUCAGUGCUUGGCUUCAGCAGCAUUGGGUUGGCAGAAGGUGGACAUCUUGGCCGUUGGAACCAACCAAGAAUUAUGGCCAUUUUUUCUCACAACGUGCAAUUCCCAAUUCUAUCAUUCUUCUAUCUCUUGUCAUAUGUUAUCUUCUGUUACCAGUAGGGACUUGGGUCAGUGCUUAGCUUCAGCAGCAUUGGGUUGGCAGAAGGUGGACAUCUUGGCCAUUGGAACCAACCAAGAAUUAUGGCCAUUUUUCCCCACAACCUGUAAUUCCUAAUCCUAUAAUUCUUCUGUUUCUUGUCAUAUGUUAUCUUCUGUUACCAGUAAGGACUUGGGUGAGUGCUUGGGUUCAGUAGCAUUGGGUUGGCAGAAGGUGGACAUCUUGGCCAUUGAAAGCAACCAAGAAUUGUGAUUUUUUCCCCACAACGUGCAAUUCCCAAUUCUAUCAUUCUUCUGUUUCUUGUCAUAUGUUAUCUUCUGUUACCAUUAGGGACUUGGGUCAGUGUUUGGCUUCAGUAGCAUUGGGCUGGCGGAAGGUGGACAUCUUGGCUGUUGGGACCAACCAAGAAUUGUGAUUUCUUUCCCCACAAUGUGCAAUUCUCAAUUCUAUAAUUCUUGCGUUUUGUUAUCUUCUGUUACCAGUUUGAAGCAACUACAUGCCAAAAAUGUAUGUUCCAUGCCGUACAAGCGUUUGCUAUGUUUAAGUUUGUAUGUUCCAAAUAUAUAAGUUGCAACCUC